AUGGAUGCUGUAAACCAAACAAGAGUGGCUGAGUUUAUUUUCUUGGGACUCACUGAUAAUGGGGUGCUGGAGAUCCUGUUUCUCACAGCAUUCUCUAUCACUUAUGUGCUAACUCUUCUGGGCAACAGUGUCAUCAUUGUGACCAUAGUCUUUACCCUACGCCUCCACACCCCCAUGUAUUUCUUCCUAAGCAACUUAUCCUUUAUUGACAUCUGCCACUCCUCUGUCACUGUGCCCAAGAUGCUGCAGGGCUUGCUUUUGGAGAGAAAGACCAUUUUCUUUGACAGCUGCAUCGCACAGCUCUUCUUCCUGCAUCUUUUUGCCUGUGCUGAGAUAUUUCUGUUGACCAUCAUGGCAUAUGACCGCUAUGUGGCUAUCUGCACCCCGUUACACUACCCCCACGUGAUGAACAUGAGAGUCUGUGUGCGACUCGUCUUUGCUCUCUGGCUGGGAGGUACUGUCCACUCUCUUGUGCAGACCUUCCUGACUCUUCGCCUCCCAUACUGUGGCCCUAACGUGAUCGACAGCUACUUCUGUGAUGUGCCCUCUGUCAUCAAGCUGGCCUGCACAGACACGUAUCUCACAGGAAUGCUCAUCGUGUCCAACAGUGGAACCAUCUCCCUCGCUUGUUUCCUGGCCCUGGUGGCAUCUUACACAGUCAUCCUGGUGUCUCUUCGAAAGCAGUCGGCUGAAGGGCGCCGGAAAGCCUUGUCCACCUGCUCGGCCCACUUCAUGGUGGUGGCACUUUUCUUUGGGCCAUGUAUCUUCAUCUACACUCGGCCGGACACCAGCUUCUCCAUUGACAAGGUGGUGUCUGUCUUCUACACGGUGGUCACUCCUUUGCUGAAUCCCCUCAUUUACACUUUGAGGAAUGAGGAGGUCAAGAGUGCCAUGAAGCAGCUCAGGCGGACACAAGUGUUUUCAUGA